UCGGCCAGCGGCGUAUACGCUGUCUGCGCGUGCUUCGCAGGUGGACGAAGCGCAAUAAUAUCAUCUCUUGCACUGCUGCGACACGCGUUUGCUGCAAGCCACCGCCUAAAAAAUUGCGCAAUAGCCUUCUCAGCACACAAUGCGCAGCACCGCUCUCCUCGUGCUCGCCCUGGGCACUGCAAGUGCGUUACCAGUGGUAGAGCUGCAAAAGGACGUCUACGAAGUAGCAUUGCAGGAGGUCGGCACGCCCUGGCUCAUCGAGAUCUACAGCGGCAUGUGCGCGUCGUGCAAGGCCUACGCGGACAUCUGGCACGGCGUCGAGGCGAAGGUCUUGCAGAAUACGAAGGUCGCCGUCGGCCGCAUCAACAUGGACGAGAGCGGCGGCCCGCCCCUCGCGAUGAAGUACAAAGGGCUCCUCAAGGACGGCAUACCCGCCGUCAUCUGGAUCGCGGACCCGGCCAAGCCCUACGACCAUACCGUGAUCGACUCGGGCAAGGCACGGAGCUCCGACGAGCUCUGGUCCACGCUGCUGCGGAAGGGGUCGCGGUCAUUGCUGGAAACGGCCGAGCUCUGAGUCGCUAUUAUGUGUUAACACGAGAUGUUUUAGUAUACUACGGCCCCGUUCGGGGGGCCGCAU